CUUUUUUGUUGUUAAGCAUAAGAUGGAGAGGCAAGUUCAUGGGGGCGGACGAGAAGAUCCUUGGCUAGCUCGAGACAAACUCUACCAUGUAAUAUUCUGUUUCUCAAUCUCUGUCGUCUUCUCUACGCUCGCCUCUCUCUCCCGUUACUCGUUUCUACGCCGUCACUCCAUCUGGAUCGGAUCUGCGUUCUCACUCUCCGCCGGUGCGGCUAAAGAAGCUGGUGAUCAGUUUGGUAUCUUCCCUUCAGCAGGCGCCUCGGCAAGAGACGCAGUCGCGGACGCAAUUGGAGUUGUGAUUGCUGCUAUGGUUCUCUUCUUUUGGAAAUCUCGUAGAUCACGUUCUGAAUCCAGUCAAACCCGACCCAUCCUUCCGAUUUGAAUAGAAGAAAACAAUUUAAAAAGCUUGUUUCGUGUAGUUUUAUUUAAAGCUUGAUCAUCGAUUUGGGUCAUCACAGUUUUGUUGGUGAUCUCAUUGAACUGUGUGUGAGAGUGCUCAAAUAAAACUCUAAUCAGAUUGUUUGGUUGAUGUA